UCGUUCAAUGUACAUGUGCCAACUUCGUACAAGAACAACAAGGCUGCGCCAUUGAUCAUAGGCUACCACGGACGAUCCAACAAUCAGCUUUCGGUAGAGAGCGACUCAAAACUCUCAAGUGAGACAUGGAAUCCAUACGCGAUCGCGGUUUAUCCUCUGGGUAUCAAUGGAGAAUGGCAAGGUGAUCCGGAUACAGUAGGAGGAGGGUACGAGGACAUGACCUUCACCACCAACUUACUCGACUACAUCACAUCUCACUAUUGCAUUGACCAGAGCCGUAUGCUAGCCACAGGGUUUUCCAACGGUGGAGGCUUCGUCGGCACGCUCGCAUGCGACCCAACCUUGUCCAAGCGCUUCAGCACUUUCGCAGCAAACUCUGGAGCAGAGUACACCAAUACCACAGGCACUUGCAUCCCGUCGACCGUCUUUACAAAUACUAUCGUACAGCCAAAAUGCUCGCCAGGUAGAUCUGACUUGCCAAUGCUCGAGUUCCACGGUGAUGCAGACGGCACUAUUCCCUACCCCGGCGGCCCUCGACGUGGUUAUUGUCUACCCACAGUGCCACACUGGGUCACUGAUUGGGCUCUCAGAGACGGAUUGUCAAGCUCCAAUGUCACCUCAUCCCUGGCAAACGGCAAUGUGACCAAGUACGAAUUUGGUGCUUCGAAUGGUGUGCAAGGAUUGGUGACCCACUACAAAAUUGCUGGGUGGGGGCACGCGUGGGCAAGUAUCAGUGCUGGAGCGCCGAUUGAUGCUUCGCCGAUUAUCAUGGAUUUUUUCUAUGGCCAUUCUGGAUGA